CAUGGCCAGCAGCACGGCCAAGCACAUGCCAGCCCUCCACUCAGGGAGCGUCCUCCCCAAUGUGGUCACCAUGCUGCUGCUCCUCUCCAUCGGCUUCGUCCUCGGCAUGGUGUGCACCGCCAACUUCCACGAGUCCUACCUCCCUCCUUUCCUGCAGCCGUUGCCAUCUCUCCUACGGUCGCCGUCACCCCCGCCGCCGGUGACAGAGUUACCCUCACAGUCGCCCUCGCCAUCACCGGAGACAGCGUGCGUCGUCGGCCCACCGCUGCCCUCUCCACCCUCGCAGCAGCCGACGCCGUCCCCGCCGGCGAUCUUGGGGUUCGCGGACUUCCUCGCGCCGAGCGGCGGCCUAAUGCACAACAUGACCGACGACGAGCUGCUCUGGAGGGCGUCCAUGGUGCCCAGGGUGGCCCGCGUGCCGUGGCGCAUCGUGCCCAAGGUGGCAUUCCUAUUCCUCGUGAGGGGGGACCUGCCGCUGCGACCGUUGUGGGAGAAGUUCUUCGCCGGACACGAGGGGCUCUACUCCAUCUACGUGCACGCGAGCCCCGCCUACACCGGCUCGCCGCCGGCAGACUCCGUCUUCUACGGCCGCAUGAUCCCAAGCCAGAACACCAGCUGGGGCGACAUGAACCUGGUGGACGCGGAGCGGCGACUGGUGGCAACGGCGCUGCUGGACCUCGCCAACGCGCGGUUCGCGCUGCUGUCGGAGUCGUGCAUCCCUCUCCUGCCCUUUCCGGCCGUCUACGCCUUCCUCACCGGCUCCAACGCCAGCUUCGUCGACAGCUACGUCGACGGCGCGCGGCACGCCCCCUUCUUCACCCAACACAACGUCAGCCUCGCGCAGUGGCGCAAGGGGUCGCAGUGGUUCGAGAUGGACCGGGCGAUCGCCGUGGUGGUCGUCGCCGAGGAGCAGUUCAUGGCCGUGUUCCGCGGCAACCACGGCGUCGCCAACAUGGAGGAGCACUACCUGCCGACACUGGUGACCCUGCUCGGCUGGGGCGCGAGCAACGCGAACCGGACCCUCACGUACGCCAAAUGGCGGGCGGGAGCCUGGCACCCAGCGAGCUACGGCGGGAGGGCCGUCACGCCGGAGCUGCUGGAGGGGAUGAGGCGAGGGAACGGGGAGUGCGGCUACCGCAGCAAAGACGGCGGCGGGGCGGUUGAGUUCUGCUUCAUGUUCGCGCGCAAGUUCUCCGGGGACGCGCUCGGCAAGCUGCUCGAGCUGGCUCCUAAGGUCAUGGGGUUCGGCUGAGAUAUUGUAGCCAUAUACUAGCACAUAUACUGCUACGUUGCAAAAUGAGAGAUAAUUGAUGUGUCCAUAGAGAUAAUUGAUGCGUCCACGGAAAUAUCGGUCAGCACGGUUCAACAACACCCGAAUGGUGCCACCUGGCCACGGCAGAGAGGCGCACAUUAAGGUCUAGCAGAAAUUCAAUAGUACA